AUGGAAGGGGCUCUUGUGUUCUUGGCCAAUGCCGCCGGGAAGAUUGCCAAGGCAGACGAGCGUGACCACAUUGAUGCACGCGAGAAGCAUAGCCAGCUAGAGGGUCGCCACGGCCACCGCGUGUCUGGUGCAGGAGAUGGACAAGUGCCGCCCUACUUUGCCCGCCACUUCCUGACCACGCAGCGGCUCACUAUGCCGCCUGCUGAAAAUGUGUACUCGGCGCGCCCGGGGGGCCUGAGUGUGCUCUCGGAAAUUGAGUACAUCGGAGGGCAGGGUAUUUUGACGGCCGAGGAAGCUGAGUACUUGGUGGAUAUGUUUUUCCUGACCAUGCACCCGUUUUUCCCCCACAUCCCGCGGUUUUUGCAUCUGCCGCGUGCGUUGAGCGGAUACCCCAUCUUGCUAUGCGCCAUUCUAACGAUUUCGUCGCGUUACCACGCCCUUGGAGGUGCAGAUAACGCGGGUGUGGCCCGGAACAUCGAGAUCCAUGACCGCUUGUGGCUCUAUGUGCAGCGGUUGAUAUCGCAGACCGUGUGGGCCGAGGCCAGCACGCGGUCUAUCGGCACGGUUUUCGCGUUUCUUCUCUUCACCGAGUGGAACCCGCGUGCCAUUCACUGGCGUUGGUCGGAUUAUGCCAACCGGGCCGAUGAUGCAUCUGAUAACAAAGAUCCGGACCUCUUGUCCAGCUCUUCCGAGCCCGCGGGGUUGGGCGCCAUGAGACGCUCAUACCGUAUGGCGUGGAUGCUCAUUGGGUCCGCAGUGCGGCUUGCGCAGGAUACGGGCUUUAUGGAGCUCAGUGCCAAGACUUACUUAGCUACACACGUGGCAGAAAUCAACUCGGUCAUGAACAUGAAGCGCAGGAGCAUGUUAAGCCACUCGUUGGCCGAAUUGGACAUGGAUACUGAGCAGAUCUCUGAGGCAGAAAUGGAAACUCGUGAAGACAACGAAAUCAAAGUUCUUGGCCUCUCAGAAGAUAUGAAUUUCCCUGAAAACACUUUACAAUUUACUGAGGCUCAAAAAGCUCAGAUUGAAUUGCUUCAGAUCACAUCUGUUGGCCACGAGUCCUUGUACGGCUACAAGGCACAACUAGGUUCCUUGAGUCAGCGUCAGAACUUGUCCAUUCUCAAUUUUAUGAACCCGAUGAUCAACAGCUGGAGCAGAAAGUAUAAAAAGUUCCUAGUGCCUAGCAAGUCCAAGCUCGCACGAAAGGUAUCAGCAGAAACUUUGCGUAGUGCAGACUCAAAAGUUGCUCAGGGCAUUGCAUCAGGCAUAGAGAAUGAAUCCUUCAUCUUUGAGUUCAACUACACGAAGUUAUACAUCUACUCACUUGCUUUGAGCCCUUCGCCCAAGACAAAGGAGGGUACAAAAAAUGGUAAGGUUUCGUUGAAGUUGGAUGAGAUCUCGAAAAGUGCAAAGUAUAUUGAGCAGGCAUUUAACGCCGCACACGAGAUUUUGCAGGUGGCACAUCGUGUCCACAAGCUCAAGAUGCUCAGAUUUAUGCCUGUACGGUGGGUAACCCGAAUUGUCAGGGCGGUAGCAUUUAUGGUGAAGUGCUACUUAACUAUUACUGCGCAUAAGACUGCAGAGGUUGCCGCUGAUCCCUCGUCUAACAUGGAUCAUUUCGAUGCCACAAUUCUAUCUUUGUCUAUAAUCUCGGUAGAAGAAAUUGUACAAAGCAUUCAGAAAGCGGCAAUUACUUUGCGAGACUGUUCCCCAGAUGAACUCCAUCUAUGCACGCGAUAUUCUAAUGUUUUGUUGUACUUGUACUCCGAGAUGAAAUCCACUUUGAAAAAUUAUUCCGCAGCAGGGGAGGAUAUGGAGGAAUCCGGUGAAAAGGAUUCGCAACAACAGCCGAUUAACGAGAAAGCCGAACCUGAGGCAUUAAAUUCCACGUCCGAUAAAAGCAAUUUCACUGAAGGGUUCAAGGAAUUUUCGGACACGGGGUUUCCCGGUGAUAGUGAGGUUAUUGAUUGGUUCAUUAAUAACAGAAAUGUGGGUCUUGAUUUUGUGGGACCUUGGACAGAGCUCAUCGAGCAACAAAUUGAGGGUCAAAACCUCAACAUGGACGAGCAAUUGAAUUUUGAGUAA